AGAACUGAACAAUGAAAUUAUUGCUCUCUUUAAGUAUCCUAAGUAAAAGAAGAAACUUAAGAAACAAAGAUGGGAGAGGUGAAAGUUUAUGGUAUUAUAGCAGGGCCCUUUAAUAGAAGAGUUGAAUUAGCAUUAAAACUGAAGGGUGUGGAAUACGAAUACAUUGAAGAAGAUAGGUCUAACAAAAGUGCUCAACUUCUCAAGUACAAUCCUGUUUAUAAACAAGUCCCUGUGCUUGUCCAUAAUGGAAAGCCAAUAUGCGAGUCGCUCAUAAUACUUGAAUAUAUUGAUGAGACUUGGGAAGACACGUGUCCUCUCUUGCCUAAAGAUCCAUAUCAGAGAGCCAUGGCUCGUUUCUGGGCUAAGUUUAUCGAUGAAAAGUUAUUGGCUGCGGUAUACAAACUUGUUUCCAGCAAAGGAGAAGAAAAGGAGAAAGGUUGGGAAGAAACUACUGAGCUCCUGAAAUUUCUUGAAAAUGAACUCCAAAAUAAGAAAUUCUUUGGAGGAGACAACAUUGGAUUCCUCGACAUCGUUGCCAGUUACAUUCACUGGUUUGGAGCAAUUCAAGAAUCACUAGGAUUGGAACUAUUGACCAAAGAACAAUUUCCUAAGUUAUGCAAAUGGAUUGAUGAGUUUUUGAGCUGUAGAAUUAUCAUGGAAAAUCUCCCUCCUAGAGAAUUAUUAGUGCCAUUAUACAAAGCUCAAUUUGAAGCAGCAACCAAGUGAGGCCUCGGGGUUCAAACCCCAUCAGUAGUGUAACAUCCUCUUCCCUUCCCUUCCCUGAUAUAAUAAAAAAUAAAAAUAAGUGAUGCCUCAAAGCUGAAAUAAAUGUGUGAUAUAGAGAAAAAUAAAGAAUGAUAUUCCUCGAAAUCUAUGUCAUGAACAAUAAAGAAUGUUGAACAUUUUGUUGUUAUUAUUAUAAGCAGACAAUCAGUUUGAGCUA